AUGGGUCAAGGUUCGGGGCACCUUCAAGACCGGGUCCAAUGGCCCAUCAACACUAGACAGUCAUACCUGUGGAUGGCAAAACACGGCGUCUCUACCCGCGACGACGUUAUGUCCCUCACGUUCUUUUGUAAGAAGUACAAGGCCCUCCGCGUUGCAGCGGGUACGGAUUUCGCGGCCGAGUGGGCCCCCAAGGUCGCCGCUUGGAUCACAAAGUACAACCAGCACUGCCGUCCUUGGUUAACCGACCCGCCCUCUUUCUCUUCGUCCGCCGUCUACUCUAAGGCCUCCGGGUUCGCCCACAAAAACUACCCUCUCGAGUGCAACCUGCUGUGGGGGUGA